UUACUCUCCCGAUUCGGUUCAUAUUGUGGAUUGCCACAGACAUAUUGUGUCUCCGGAAUAAACCUGUGGCGAGACCAGCACAAACCAUCUGAGAUCCUGCUCAACUUGGCCCGCCUGAAAGGUAUUUCUCCACCGCUGAUAAAGGAAGAUGGAAGCAGCCUGUCGUUUAAUGAACACGACUACACCCUGUCUGAAUUUGAGCACAGCAAAGAGAUCCACGAACAUCUGGGUGAACCCAAGGAGAGGGUAGCCCUGCACGUGCUCCGGACACAAGGUCUGGUGCCCGAACACGUGGAGACCAGGACCCUGUAUAGCACCUUCCAGCCCACACUCUCUCAGGGGAGGGUUCAGAUGUGGGUCGACAUAUUCCCCAAAAGCCUUGGCGUUCCCGGGCCCCCGUUUGACAUCUCUCCACGCAAACCGAAAAAGUUCUUCCUGCGUGCUAUUGUUUGGAACACGACUGAUGUCAUUUUGGAUGACACCAGCAUCACGGGCGAGCACAUGAGUGACAUUUAUGUGAAAGGCUGGAUGCCAGGCAUGGAGGAGGACAAGCAGAAGACUGAUGUCCAUUACAGGUCCCUGGAUGGAGAUGGGAACUUUAACUGGAGAUUUGUCUUUGGAUUUGAGUACCUUCCUGCCGAACAACUGUGCCUUGUUUCCAAAAAAGAACAUUUUUGGAGUCUUGACAAAACCGAGUUCAGGAUUCCACCCAAGUUAAUUCUUCAGAUAUGGGACAACGAUAAAUUCUCAUUGGACGACUACUUGGGCACCGUUGAGCUGGACUUGCUGCACCUGGUUUCCCCUUCCAAGACGCCGGAAAAGUGCAAGCUGGAGAUGAUGGAAAUGACCUCUCCGAAAGACAACAGGACCAACUCACUUUUCGCUCAGAAAUCUGCCCGUGGCUGGUGGCCGUGUGCGAUGGAACAGAAUGGAAAAAAAAUUCUUGGGGGGAAAGUAGAAAUGACUCUGGAAAUCGUGAACGAGACUGAGGUGGAUGAGAGACCCGCUGGGAAGGGAAGAGAUGAACCCAACAUGAACCCGAAGCUGGAUCCUCCAAAGCGGCCAGAAACCUCUUUCUUCUGGUUCACAAAUCCAUGCAAGACCAUGAAAUUCAUUGUGUGGCGCCGAUUUAGGUGGAUCUUCCUUGGGCUGAUCCUCCUCGUGCUCGUGGUCCUCUUCUUUGCAAUUUUACUCUACUCCCUCCCGAACUACAUCUCAAUGAAAAUUGUCAAACCAUGAAUUACCCCGAUGAGCCCUGCUGCCCCCAUUCCCACGGCACUCCAGAUGUCACGCGGCGUGAGGACCUGCAUCUUAGCCAUGUUGUCGUCUUGGACGGGGCCAUUGUUAAAACGCAUACAAUAAUCAUUCAUUUCUUUCAUCCUUUUUUUUUUUUUUUGCAAGGAAAUUGAAGAAAUAUUGCUUUACAUAAUUGUCAUUUUCCAGUUUGUACAAUGGACCGUUUUGUCCAUUUAGAAGCAACGUUGUGUAUUAAGGGUUCAAAGAAAGAACACGGCAUCACAGGUUGAAUACGUAAAUAUUUGCACAUCACACUAGAAUUUACAGUUUCAUGGAUUUUGGUUGUGGUAUCUGUACAGGUUUUUAGACAAUAUAGUUAGACAAUAGAAGUUCUAGAUAUGGAGAAGGUUAAAAGAGAAACUGAUAUUUUCACAUUUUCCAAUAAAGUCUUAAAGUGCCACUUUA